AUGAUUAUAAAUUUACAAUACGAUAUUAUACGAAAGGUUUGUUUUGAGUCAGAAGAUAUACCUGGUAAAAUUCUCCGUAGCAAAAAUAGGAAUUCAAUUGAAGAAAUUCGUAUCUAUCCAGACCAGACCCCACAGCAAAGACAGUAUUACAAUAACCUUAGAGAUGAACUCAAGGCUCGCCAAGAAAAAGAACAUAUUCAAGAGGUGGCGGUGUGUCAAUGUAUAAGCGUCAUGCAGCAUGAAGUUCUAAUAAAUGCUUGCGAAGAAAAUAACCACUUCCUGUGGGUACACAUUAAGAACAUGUCCCUAGACGUUGGACUAGUAUAUAGACAACCGACGUCCAAUGUCAAACAAUUUCUGAAAACCUAUGGUGAGCAACUUGCAUGUAUAAAAGCAACAUUAGCUGAAUCGUACGAGCGUAUCCAACGAUCUAAUUUGGCCUCCUUGGACAACAGACGUACCAUAUCGAGGUGUCGAAAGACUUGA